UGCUCCUAUUAAAUUCACAUGUUGGUGGUCAUGGGUCCUUUACAUGGACCAGCAGCUUACACAGUAUAGCCAUUUCUGUAUCCAUUGUAUUGUUUAUCAUUGUUGGUACAAACACAUUAUUGUGGACACACAGUGUGUUUUUUAUAACAAUAACUAGGCUAUUUAUAUCCACAAAGAAGGUGAAAAUUUGGUUCCUUCUUGGAGAAGGUGAAAAACCUGUCGGUCUACCACUUUGAGAUUAUUUAAAUAUCUAGACAACUGAGGCUGGCCUGCAACUACAGUGUUUCUGCCUCAUCCAUGUGACUGUGACAUCAGUCAGAAUGAUUUGGAAACUCCUCACCGGUCUUACCUGUUUUUCCUGCCUCGACCAAGCCCAGCCCAUUUUGGUUUUAACCAGCAAGCUAUGACAUUUCGGAAGCAUUGGCAGUCUUACUUACAAAGUGGACCACAAUCGUUCAGUCUGCAGGACCUACAUUUCCCAGCAGCAUGGCCACUGCCGCAUGGCCUGAGGAGGAGUUUGUGUGCUCUGUCUGUCUGGAGACGCUACGUGACCCUGCCACGCUGCCCUGUGGUCACACCUACUGCCUGCCCUGCAUCCAGGGGCACUGGGACCGGAAUGAGGCCAAGGGUCAGUUUAACUGCCCCCAGUGUAGGCAGGUCUUCACCCCACGACCCUCUCUUGCCAAGAGCACAGUGCUAGUGGAGGCCAUGGAGAAGCUGAGAAUAAAGGGCAUCCAGGAGUAUCCCUACCUCUCCAUCUCGUCUGCCCCACCCUCCAUGCCGAUCUAUCUGGCGGGGUGUGCGGACACAGGCCUUCGCCAAGGGGAGAUGUACCCCCAGCUGCCCGUCGUCAGCCCCAGGCUUUGCCCUCAACACCAGCGGCCCCUAGAGCUCUACUGCCAUGACGAUAAGGAGUGUGUGUGUGACGAGUGUUGUCGUCAUGGACACAAGGGCCACCGUGUGGUUAAGCCAGAAGAGGAGAGGAAGGAGAAACGGAGGGAGCUAGUUCCGAUGCAGGCCGAGAUACAGAGGAGGAUCCAAGAGAUGGAGAACGAGCUCAAGGAGUUCCCACAAGCUGCCCAGCUCCACAAAAGGUCAGUCCAGGCCCUACAGAAGGAGGGUGUGGAGCUCUUCUCUGAGCUGGUGAAGAGUGUGGAGCUGAUGGGUACCCAGGUCGGGGAGUUGCUUUGUGCCCAUGAGGCAUCCAUGGGCAGUCGAACCGAGGGCCACAUCCAUGAGCUGGAGCAGGAGCUGGCCCAGCUCCGCAGGAAAGACCAAGAACUCAGCCGACUGGCCAGAAUGCAGGACCACAUCUGCUUCUUAAAGAAUUUCUUCACCCUGGAGCCCAUCACACAGAAUGGGAGCAGAGAGGGGGUAGGGCUGGGUGAGGAGGCCCUUGUGUCUGAGAUUCAAACCGUGAUGGGAGAGCUAAGAGAUGGACUACAGGAACUCUGUAAAUCCAGCAUGGCCAAGAUCUUCAGAACUGGGAAUGAUGCCAGUCUUAGUCCGUCUCAAAUGUUCAGUGGUCAAGCUGCAGGGAACGGAGCAUCUACUGACAACAACCAGGUGGCUUCACAAAACGCAGCAUCCAAGGUGCCAUCAAACCCUCAACUUAACACAGUAAAUGAGGUGACAUCAACAAACUCUCUACCUCAACCUCCAUUACCUCCAACUGGACCUCAAGUGAAACAGGUGACCACUGUUGGUUUGGCAAACCCAGAGCUGAAAACAAGAGAAGAAAUGCUCAAAUUUCACUUUAAUCCGACAUUUGACCCCAACACUGCGUACCACCACCUGAAACUGGCUGAUGGGGAUCGUAAAGCCACUCUGAAGGCAGAGAAGCAGAAUCAGCCGGAGCACCCCGACCGUUUCAUCUACUGGAGACAGAUACUGUGCAGGGAGCCCCUGGCUGGAAGCCCCUACUACUGGGAGACAGAGUGGACGGGCCAGAAGAUCACUAUCGGCGUGGCCUACAGAGACUUGGACAGGAAGGAGGCUGACGACAGCAGCAGGCUGGGCUACAACAAGCAGUCUUGGAGCCUGAACUGGUCUGGGAAGGGCUUUUCCAUGUGGCACGCUGGGAAGGAGACCCAGCUAGGCUCAACCAAGGCUCGCAGGCUGGGGGUGUACCUGGACCAACAUGAAGGAGUACUGGCCUUCUACAGGAUCUCCAACAACCAGGCCCAUCUCAUCCACUCCCUCCAGACAGUCUUUACUGGCCCCCUCUAUCCCGGGUUCCGCUUCUGGUCAGGGGUUGGGACGUCUGUGACCCUAUGUCAACUGGACUAGGUUGGCAUCUGGUUGUUCAGAUCCAUUCUGGAAGCCAUGAGAAGCAUGUCAGUGCUCAGAGCUCAACAACAGUUUAUACAACUGAUAGGAAAGUUCCAGUAUUAGAUGCUGAUUUUCUGAUAGCAUGUUGCAGCCAUAUCUCAGCUGCUGUCCUAUUACCAUGUGCCCUUUUGGCUUGUAAGAAUUAUAUUCAAAUGCAUGAUAAAUAAAUUAGAAAUGAGCAUAAACAAAGUUGCUUGAAGUGAAUUUGAAAUUGUUUUCAAAAUGCCAGUAGUAACUUCUCUUCUGUUUUGAAAUUAGGCCAGGGCCAUUUUCAGUUUAACACAAAUGAGUUUCAGGCAGCCAGUAAGACUGUGAAUAGGACUAGCCCGUUAUAUAAAUCUGUCCACUUAGCUCGCUUACAUAAAUUGCUGAUAGGCAUUUGCCUUAUUAUAUAAUAAGAUGAACAGUUUAUGACAGGAAACUCCUUGAUCUCUACAUCAUAAUUGCUGACCUUACUCCAGUCGUUCUGCCUCAGUCUAUUCUGAUCAUCUGCAUUAUUCCCCAUGGCUUUCCAUAUAGGAAGAUCAGCACUGAAAUACCUGUCACUCAUUGGCCCACUGUUCUUAUUUUUCCUGGUUUGAGAUAAGAUUUGUCCCACCACCCCACAAUGCACUGCCAUGACAGUGAUCUUUUGAGCUUAUAUUUAGAAAUCUUUGUCUAAAUCUGUAUUGAUACAUAACUGUUUGGAAGAGACUAUCAUUGUCCUUAUAUAUUAUUGAACACUGCACCAUAAUUGGCAAGGAUGAAUACAGUUGCAUGCAUUUUAAGGAAAAAUGACAUGCAAAUUGUAACAUUUGGGGAAGUCACACAUACAGUGUUGAAGACAUGUCAAUCCAGUUCCAUCUAUACCUACUGGAAAAUGGAAUUCCAAUAACCCAAUAUCUAUUUUUUCUCUUCUCCACCCCUUACUUUAUUAUCCAGUUUGUUGCUUAGUGUUACAUUUAUAUACAUGUAAUCACUCACGUGUUUUGACUACCUCAUCACAUAGAACUUGUAAGUAGAUUUGAUGGAAUAGUUAGUAUUAUGUUGUAUAU